UGAAAACCUUAGUCAUCUGGGAUUAGGUGUUGUUAAGGAAAUACCAUUGACACAGUCUGAAAAAUUUUAAAAAGCAUAUCGUCUUUCGCAGCGUUUAGCCCAACUAGUCUCAGAAAGUAACAAUAAUGAAUUUGAAAUCAGGUUAAAUGUUCUACAAAAUCUAGCUAAAGUUUGGGAGGAAAAUAAAAGCAUAGAUGUGUCAAUCCUGGAAUCACCUGUGGAUUUUUUAAUAGAAACUAAUUUGAAUCACCCUGCUGAAAUAGGUAAGAAGAUAUUAUGUGAUGAUACUGGUAAAGAGAUGUUAUGUGAUGGUAUAAAAACUUUAUAUCCUCAAAACUCAUCAAAUAGUAUUGAUGUUGACUUCAAAUCUAAUGAAUUCUUUAAUCCAAUAGAUAUAAACCAAAGGGGUGUUUGUAGUUUCCUUACUUUAAAUGACUCGAAAUCAACUGACUCGUCAAAUCAACUUGUUAAUAGCUGUAAUUCAAAAAUUUCAAUACCCCAGUCUCUUACAAAAACAAAUUAUUUAUCUAAUAGUUCCACUGAAUUUGAGUGUAAAUUACACUUGCAAGAACAAAUGAUUUACUCUUCCCCUGAUCUUCAAUUGAACAAUGGUAGAAAUGAGUUAACUAGUGUUCAAAGCUUGGCUCUUGAUCAAAGUCCCACUCUUGAAAAUUUUAACACAAUAGUUAGUGAAAAUCAGAACAGUUGUGAUGCAGUAGAGGCAAGCAAAAGUGGUUCUUUGAAUAUUUAUUCUAUCAAUAUAAAAGAUCUUAAGUUUCCUCCAAAGAUUAAGUCGCGAGGAAGGCCUAAAGCUACAGAGAAAAAAACUGCAAUGGGUGCAUGUAGAUAGGAAAAAAAGUGUUUGUCUUAUAUUGAUAAAAGUGCAGCAGGAAAAAUAAAUGGUUAGUUUUUUAUGAAUUAAAUAAAAAAUUCUAAAUUAUUUUAUUCACAAUUAAAUGAUAUAUCGUUUUGUAUAUAUUUGCAAUCUGUUGCUAUCUAGUUCUUCUGGGUGGUAUUCUCUUAAAAGGAAAAGUUGAGGAUAUUACUCAUGCAAUGCAAGCUGAUGUUGGUGAUUUAGAAUUAAAGGCUGGCAAUCUCCCUUCUGCAUUUCUCAAUGACGCUGCAUCAAUACAUAUUUUAAAACCAUAUUUAACCAGUUUGGCCUGGAAUAGGCUGAAGAAAGCAAUUUUGCAACAAAAGCAACUGGCGAUAUGGAAUUGUCCGUUUUGCACUUUAAAUACAGCUUCCAGUUAAAGCAUUGAAUGUGAUAGCUGUUUAGAGUGGUAUCAUUUCAAAUGUGUUUCCAUUUCAAAGAAACCAAAGAAGGAAUGGUUUUGUGACAAAUGUCAUAAUAUGAUAAAUGAAAGUAAUAAGAAAGGAAAUUUAAAAAAAUCUGCAUAUAUAGUUAAAAAAAAAAUAAUUAAAGAUAAAAAAAUUAAAAAACAAAAAACAUAAAAAAUGAUUAAAAAAAUACAAAAACAAACA